AAUGUCUGCAGCACGUGGCUUCGUUGCACUCCACACCGGGCAGAAGAUGCCUCUCAUAGGACUAGGAACUUGGAAAAGUGAACCUGGCAAAGUGAAGGAAGCAGUGAAGUGUGCUCUCAGUGUGGGCUAUGCCCACAUUGACUGUGCAGCAGCUUACAGCAAUGAAGCCGAGAUUGGUGCGGCGUCUUUUCUUGGGCCCAACAAGGUUAUUAAAAGGGAGAACCUGUUUGUAACAUCAAAGCUCUGGAAUACCAAACACCAUCCGGAAGACGUAGAGCCAGCACUAAGAAAAACACUCGGAGAUUUGAAACUGGAUUACCUGGACUUGUACCUCAUGCACUGGCCUCAUGCCUUUGAACGAGGGGACAAUCUCUUCCCAAAGAAUCCUGAUAACACCAUGCGGUAUGAUUACACUGAUUACAAGGAUACCUGGAAGGCUAUGGAGAAGCUGGUAGAAAAAGGUCUUGUGAAAGCCAUUGGGCUGUCAAACUUCAACAGUCGUCAGAUUGAUGAUGUACUAAGUGUGGCUACUGUCAAGCCAGCUGUGCUCCAGGUAGAAUGCCAUCCUUACCUAGCUCAGAAUGAGCUCAUAGCUCACUGCCAGAAACGAGGACUGGUUGUCACUGCCUACAGUCCCCUUGGUUCUCCAGAUCGCAUGUGGAAACACCCAGAUGAGCCUGUGCUUCUAGAAGAACCUAAGAUCAAAAAAUUGGCAGAAAAAUACAGCAAGUCACCUGCACAGAUUAUCCUCAGAUGGCAAGUGCAGCGUGAAGUGGUUGCCAUUCCCAAGAGUGUCACUCCCGCUCGCAUUGAGCAGAAUCUUCAGGUGUUUGAUUUCAGCCUCACAGAAGAGGAGAUGAACCACAUUGGAAGCCUGAAUAAAAACUGGCGUUACAUUGUGCCAAUGAUUACGGUGAAUGGAAAGCUAGUAGCAAGAGAUGCUGGACACCCCAAUUACCCCUUCAAUGACCCCUAUUAACUACUAGAAAAUAAGGUGUUUAGAGUAAAAUGCUCUUCUGCACACCCUUCCACAGAAUAAUUGUUGCCACAAUUUGUGAAGAAAACCUGUCCAAAUAAAACCUUCCUUCCUGAGUAGGUCCACUUACAAUGUCCUGCUUCUAACUGACCUCCUCCCUGGAGACGCUGUAGCUUCCGUGUCAGAGUUUUGGGAUUUAUUACAAUGACUGCAAACUUGCUCCUGGAAG